UCAAGCUGUCGAGCAUGAGAGCAGAGCGGACUCUGCGCUGCUCCGGGAAUCAGCUAUAAAUAUAGGCAACAUUAACGUAGGCAAUUUAGUUAAAAUCUUUUGCUGUGACUCGAAGGUAUUAAAAAUGUUCAAGUAUCUAAUCGUUUGCCUGGCGCUCUGCUCCUUGGUCGCUGCUGAUGGACCUUGGGUGUCGAAGACGGCCGAUGAGAUCAAGCAAAUACGCGUUGAGUGUUUGACGGAGCAUCCUCUGAGCGCCGAGCAGAUCUCCAAACUGAAGAACUUGGAGUUCCCCGAUGAGAGCGAAGUGCGUCAGUAUCUGCUGUGCACAGCCUUGAAGCUGGACAUCUUCUGCACCCAUGAGGGCUAUCAUGCGGAUCGCCUGGCCAAGCAGUUCAAGAUGGAUCUCAGCGAGGAGGAGGCGCUGGUGAUUGCCCAGGGCUGCAUUGACAACAACGAGCAGAAGAGUCCUGCAGACGAGUGGGCCUUCCGAGGACACAAGUGCAUGAUGGCCAGCAAGAUCGGGGAGCGGGUCAGAGCCUAUAUCAGGGCCAAGCAGGCGGAGGCAGCUGCAAAGGCUUAAUAACUCAAUAAAUGUGUGUUUUGAGCUUGAACGCAAACUUGUUGACGGAAAA